GGGUAAAGUAAUUACGCAGAGAGUAAAGUUUCAACUUUCAAAGACACGACAUGCGAAUCCGAUCCGUAGGUAAUAAUAACAUUUGAAGAAGAAACACAAACACACGACACGGAGUUCAGUAGCAAUGUCCGAGGUUGAGUUUGAACCUCAAUCACCACGCCUCUUCAUCCCCAACUUCCUCUCCCUCAACGAAUGCAGAGAAUUGGAAUUCAUCCACAAGAGUAGCAGCACGGUGGGUUACAGACCCAUUGUCUUCUCCACCACUCUCUCCCAUCUCAUUGCUACCAAUUCUUCCCACUUCAUCAUUCCUUUUAUACCCAUCAGAGAACGGUUGAAAGACAAGCUAGAGGAGUUUUUCAAGUGUGAGUAUGAGCUCUUCAUUGAAUUCACUGGUUUAAUAAGUUGGAGCAGAGGAGCAAGCAUUGGAUGGCAUAGUGAUGAUAACAGGCCCUACCUCAAACAACGUCACUUCUCAGAUGUUCUGAUGUACACAGCUGAUGACCAUAACAUUCAUUCUGUUGAUGAGAUAACUGAAGGAGAAAGGCUCACACUUGCUUUAUGGUUCAGUCGUGAUGGCUCCCAUGAUGAGGAUAUGAAGCUCAUUUCUCUUCUUUCACGACACCUGUUGCAUGACAACAUGGCUGAUUCAUACUUACCUUUGCCAGCAUCCAGUAAUAUGUACUGGUUUUCUAAGGACCAAGCUUCCAAUUAUCAGUUCGGUUUUAAUAUAUGCUGGGCUAGACUGCAUGUUCUUGGAUACGACAUAUAUAUUUCUCAAGACAGUAGCUGUGAGUCCGAUGUCUCUGAAUCACUGUUAAAGCCAGUGCGCUUAGUGAGGGAGAAUGAGUUGCUAGACCAGGAAUUUGUCAAUAUUAUGCAUGCACUUCAGGUAUUUUGUUAAUAUUAAAAGAUCAAUUGUAUAGCAAAAGCUCGUAAUUAUACAUUGAAAGCCUAUAAGAAGUGACCAUGAUUUUUGGUCUUCUUUCUCAUCCUUCACAAAAAGCAGGUUUAUAAAAACCACUGGUACUCAAUCCUUUGUUGUGCUUGGCAAAGCUGUCAAAGCAAAACAAAACUAACUAGAAAUUUAGUUUUCCACUUUAUCCAAUGGAGAGAAUCCUUUUUCCAGUGUUA